GGAAGUAGUUCGAGUAAAAAAAGGUAAUUCUGGCUGAUUCAUUGUAGCUUCUGUUUCUGCUCACCGUGAACAAAACUCACUAACCUGAGCUUUCGAAACACCUGACAACAGAUUUCAACAUGGAUCGGCUCUUGAGGCUUGGAGGUGGGAUGCCCGGACUUGGCCAGGGCCCCCCCACGGAUGCACCUGCUGUUGACACAGCAGAGCAGGUGUACAUCUCUUCUCUAGCCCUUCUCAAGAUGUUGAAGCACGGGCGGGCUGGUGUACCCAUGGAGGUCAUGGGACUGAUGCUGGGUGAAUUUGUGGAUGACUACACAGUGAGAGUGAUUGACGUGUUCGCCAUGCCUCAAUCAGGAACAGGAGUGAGUGUUGAAGCUGUGGAUCCAGUCUUCCAGGCCAAAAUGUUGGACAUGCUGAAGCAGACUGGCAGACCGGAGAUGGUUGUGGGGUGGUACCACAGUCACCCCGGUUUUGGCUGCUGGUUGUCGGGUGUGGACAUCAACACACAGCAGAGCUUCGAGGCCUUGUCAGAGCGAGCUGUUGCAGUGGUAGUUGAUCCCAUUCAGAGUGUUAAAGGAAAGGUUGUUAUUGAUGCCUUCAGAUUGAUCAAUGCCAACAUGAUGGUGCUGGGUCAUGAACCCAGGCAAACGACGUCCAACCUGGGUCAUCUGAACAAGCCCUCAAUCCAGGCUCUGAUUCAUGGACUUAACAGACACUACUAUUCCAUCACCAUCAAUUACAGGAAAAAUGAACUUGAGCAAAAGAUGCUGCUGAACCUGCAUAAGAAGAGCUGGAUGGAGGGUCUGACCCUGCAGGACUACAGCGAGCACUGCAAACUCAACGAGACCAUCGUCAAAGAAAUGCUGGAGCUGGCUAAGAACUAUAACAAGGCUGUUGAAGAGGAGGACAAAAUGACCCCAGAGCAGCUGGCAAUCAAGAAUGUUGGAAAACAGGAUCCUAAGAGACACUUGGAGGAGCACGUAGAUGUUUUAAUGACGUCCAACAUUGUCCAGUGCCUGGCCGCCAUGUUGGAUACAGUAGUUUUCCAGUGACGGCUCUCUGUGUGUAUAACUGUUAAUAUUACAACCCUUGUUUUGUUUUAUAUAAAAUAAAUGCGCGUACGAAAUAAUA